AAUCUCUCACCUCAGUUGUUCUCUCUCUCUCUCUCUGGGUCACACAGAGCAGGCACUCUCUUCCCUCGCUCGCUCUCUUUCAGGCUCAGCCUCUUUCCCUCCCUCUCCUUGUGUGAACUAGUUAUUCAUCCACUGUAUGAGUCAGGGAGGGUGGAGUUUUGGAAGACUGCUGUACCAGUCACACUUUGUCAGUUUACUUUCUCAAUCCCAUCUCUUUCUGUCACUUCUCUGCUGCUGCCGUCUGCCCUUUACUUUACGCUCAGGCUUUAUCGUGCUGUGCAGGAGGAGUCCACUUCGGCUUUUUAAGUGGAAAUUUUUUUUUGUCUCAACAAGGAUAAUUGGGUCAUAACAAUACAAGAGCCAAUAUGCUUCAGGAGAUUCAGGAGAUGGGCUCACAUGCCAAGGAUAUCUACGAUUUCCUUCUGUCGGGACUUGAUCCACGGAUCACAGAUUAUCCUCUGAUGCAGAGUCCCAUAACCAUGACGACAAUACUGCUGGGCUACCUGUUCUUUGUACUGUACCUCGGACCUCGCUUAAUGGCCAAUCGCAAACCUUUCCAGCUCAAGGAGCCUAUGAUAGUUUACAACUUCUUGCUUGUGGCCUUGUCAAUAUUCAUCGUAUAUGAAUUUUUGAUGUCUGGCUGGGCCACAACGUAUACUUGGAGAUGUGAUGCAGUUGAUACCUCUAACAGUCCUCAAGCACUACGAAUGGUCCAGGUGGCGUGGCUGUUCUGGUUCUCCAAGAUUAUUGAGCUGAUGGACACAAUCUUCUUUGUGUUGAGGAAAAAGCACGGCCAGAUUACCUUCCUACACAUCUUCCACCAUUCCCUCAUGCCCUGGACCUGGUGGUGGGGAGUUGCGUAUGCUCCAGGUGGAAUGGGAUCUUUCCAUGCCAUGGUAAACUCUUCCGUCCACGUUGUUAUGUAUUUCUACUAUGGCCUUUCUGCUGCUGGACCUCGCUUCCAGAAAUUUUUGUGGUGGAAGAAAUACAUGACUGCAAUUCAGUUGAUCCAGUUUGUGCUGGUAUCUCUCCAUGCUACCCAGUAUUACUUCAUGAGCAGCUGUGAUUACCAGUUCCCUGUGAUCCUCCACCUCAUCUGGAUCUAUGGUACCUUCUUCUUUGUUCUGUUCUCCAACUUCUGGUUCCAGGCUUACAUUAAGGGCAAGCGACUGCCGAAACAGUGUCAGAACGGCACAGCUGUGCACACAAAUGACAAAUACUGUGAGAAUGGCAACAGUGUGAAAAACGGUACUGCCAAUGGUGUAUCACACGGGGUUCCCAAUGGGACGAAAAAUGGCAACGCCAAUGGCUCGGUCCACCACGACAAUGGCAGCUCUUACAUGGGUAAGAUGAAGAAGGCCUAGGAAGUCUGGAAGGAAAAGCCCAAGAUGUAUGGCCCUGUAAACUUGAUAAAACGACUACAGAUUCCAAAUAAUUUGUUCCUUUCUUUUUCUGUUUUUAGUUUUCUAUGUAAAAUGUGGGAGGAUGAUGUGGUCAGUGACUUCCACAGGUGGGGUCCCAAAUUUGGUUGUUUGGUUUGUUAGUUUCUUUGCAUUGGGGAACCAUCUAUGGAACACAAUGUAUGAAGAGAAGAUGUUUUGACCCAUGUUGUCUUCACUGAUGUUGCAAACAACCUCCUAGUUCAGUAUCACUCUGGUGGCCUUUCACCACACUCGUCUUCACUUCUUAUCUGACCCCCAUGUCCUCCUGACACACUGUGGACAGAUGACUGUACAGUUUCUAUCAAACUUGAAGAUGCUUUUUGUAAAUAGUUUUACAAAAAAAAAAAGAAACUAAUUGUAUUGCUAUACUUUAGACUUUCUAAAAUUUGUUACUUUGUAUUUAAUUAAUAUGCAAAUAAAUUCCAUUUUAAAUGAU